CCUUGAACGGUGGUUCGUCUAUCUCCCUCCAAAACCUCCAUCCGAGCCCAAAAAACACAAGAGACACACACAUGAGCGGAGGAGGAGAAGCAGUGGAGUACCACUCCAAGGAUUUCGAGUGGGAUCAACUCAGGCAAGAAAUCGAAACCGACCCUUCCCUUCGCUACCACUUGUUGCCGCUCCAUGUCAACGGUGAUGACGAUGAUGAUGCUCACUCCAAUGGAAAAUCUUCUCCUUGCUCCAAAUCUCUUUCUGGGUCUUCUUCAUCUCCUUCCCACGACUCAGAGGCUUGGAACCACUUUCACGCUCGUCACUCCACCGGAAAAUUCUUCAAGGAGAGACGAUAUUUACUGAAGGAAUUUCCAGAACUAUUGUCUUUUAAAGAAUAUGCUAAGGUUUUGGAGGUGGGAUGUGGUAAUGGAAGUACUGUUCUACCAAUAUUACGUGGAAAAGAGAGCAUCAGUGUAUACUCUUGUGAUUGUUGCCAUGAGGCUCUUAAAAGGGCUCAAGAAAUGAUAGAUGCUGCUGAUUUAGUUAAAACAAAGCAACGUUUCCACCCAUUCCUCUGCGAUUUUUCUAUAAGUGGGUUUCCGAAGUGGUUGGCCUGCGAUCUUUGCAGGGUAGGUAUUCUGCAAAAGAAGGAUAUGCUCCUUUCAGAUGUUAAAGACACGAGAGGGGAAGGCUUAAACGAUUCUACUUCCAUGAAUGAACGUAAUUGCUGCCUUGGUGGGGUGGAUUUUGUUACCUUGAUAUUCACGCUAUCAGCAGUACCACUCCAUAGGAUGCCAACAGCCAUUGCAGCAUGUUUCUCUGUACUGAAACCUGGCGGCCUACUUCUAUUCAGAGAUUACGGCCUUUAUGACAUGACGAUGCUUCGAUUUGAGCCAGACAAUAAGGUGGGAUUCAGGGAGUACAUCCGACCUGAUGGAACUCGCUCUUACUUCUUUUGUUUGGAUACUGUGAGGGAUCUCUUUGUGCAUGCAGGCUUCAAUAAGCUUGAGCUUGAAUAUUGCUGUGUUAAAUCUGUAAAUCGUCGGAAGGAGAAGAGCAUGAAGAGGGUAUGGGUUCAUGGGAAGUUCCAGAAAUCGAUGUGAAGCUGGUGCGUGGCUUAGAAUGCAGCUAGGACUUGUUGGACUUAAAGUAUGCUUUAUAUGCGUGUGCUCUAGUAGUCUAAGUUAAGAGUGUAAUUCUGUUCUGAGCUGUGAGAUUCUUUUUGCGGCUAAGUGCGAUAGGCUGCUGAAUUGUUUUGUAUAUUUUCUUUUGUGAUUGGACAAAGAUUUCUUGUAGUCCACUUACAAAAGAAAAUCUUUCCCAUAGCUCUCAGCGUGAAAGAUCAAAGAUCUAUUUUUGAUCCAUUUUUGAUAAUCUUCUCCAUUUCCA